AUGACUGAGCUGCGACGCUACGUGGGGCCCAGCAUCCCGAUCUCAGCGGUGCUAGCCGGAGUCGUCCUUUGUAGCUGCCUCGUUCAAGCCAUCGACUACGAGGAGACCGUUGUUUGGCAGCCGGACCCCCAGCACAAGUAUGUCGCGCUGCGGGAGGUCAAGCCGCGAAUUCAGAGCCGAGCCGACGAUUCCCUAAGCCCCGAUCUCAGGGAGGAGUCAGACCAAAACGACACAGCAUCGUCAUCCGCAAGGGUUCCGCCUUCAGACUCGCAAAAAGCGGAGCCUCCUGCGAACGCGAAAAUCCGGCGUCCUCAACAAACGCUGCUUCUAUAUCAACGCUGGCUUUCAGGGCCACCCGCGGCAGCCGCUGGCGGCGGCGGUGCGGCGCCAGCUCCCGGCACCCCAGUGGUGCCUCCGAAGGCACCCAUACCGGAGUUCUCGUUCGGCGUGUGGAACGCUACUGAUGGCACUGUCUGUAUACUGGCAAAGUUCCAGGUCUUCUUCACUAUCACCUACGCCAGCAGAGGCGGACUACAGACGGUAACCCUGAAAAUGCCCGAGAGCGCCAAGGCCAAAGGAAUCUGUGCUACGGAAGACCAGGAGCCCGUUCUGGAACUCACAUGGCCAGUGUUCCGGUUCAUCCUGAUGUUCUCCAGAGUUCCUCCGGUGAGCGACAAGGGCCGAGGAUCAUGGAAGGUCAGCGGAAUGGAGAUACAGUUCAACACAAACUCACCUUUCUUCCCGGGCGCCACAAACGCCGGCAAGCGGACGGCCCGGAGUCCCGAGAACAUGACGCUGUUUGAAACACCGAUGGGCGAGUCGUACUUCUGCCCGACGCCCAAGCUGGUCACUCUGACGGACUCGCGCGGAGGACGAAAAGUGGCCGUGCAGUUCAAGGACCUGCGCAUCCAGGCGUACGAGUUCCAGGGAACCUAUGGUCCGGCACACCGGUGCAGCCAGGUGCGAAUGGCCGGUGUCCAGGAUCCGUUCCCGCAGGACGAGACGGUGCCCAUCGCCGUAGGCUCCACGCUCGCUGUGGCUGCGGUCGCCGUCGUCGUCGGGUACGCCCUCUACCGAUCGGUCUUCGUGCGGCGUGUGGACUACAACACCAUGAACUGAGCGAUUACACCACAUGGCCACCCCACUCCUGGGUGCCAAAAACCCGCUCGGUAGCCGCAACCCGGUGUCUUUACCUGAAGACGGUCAUUCGAGCGCUCAAACGUGGCACAUAUGGCGCAACCGUAGAACAUUUCAGCAUGCCGCUUGAGCCCGCGCCGGGUACGUGCGUGGUGCCGCUUAUCGGUGAAAACUGUCAAGUAGCAGAUGCGAUAGCGAUAACAGAUUGGUGGCGGCAUGCGAGCACUAUAGGCCUGAUUAAUGCACACAUCAUGCGCCAAGUCUGCGCACUGGCGUCCAUCAUAGGCGAAGAAAUGCUGUAUCACGAUCGACAAACGCCUGUGUGCCGUGACAGCUACAAUUACUGGACUGACGCGACGGAACGCGGUCCAGUCAUAAGCACGACGUAGCUUAGUGGCGCAGCACCAGGCCACAAACAAACAAAAAAAUGUCAAAAAAAAAAAACGCGGCUGACCGGAAGCGUGCAAUGAGACCUUUGUAAGCCGCACAUGGCAGUUGAGGACUGCGCACAGCAGUGCUCUAGAACAUUUUAUUUAUGCCCUUUUUAGCGCUGAACUAAAGCGCAAGCACUUGCAUAUUCUUCCCGAGAUGCAAACACUACAGUGACGUUUCUCUCCGUCAACACGGACGACGCGCAAGCGAUUGGGUGCUAUCCCAUCGUGCAUUUCUCGUAGCAUUUUUCUUUGGGUUAAUCAUAUAGGGUUCCGGAGACGAAAAUGUCAGAGGCAGAAAACGGACAGUUUUAUCAGUAAUGCAGUUCCCAGAUGCGUUCAAGGACAAAAGGUUGGAAGUUCCAAGGUCGAUUUCAACGACAUGAAGAUCUGCCUUCACGCAGGGGCAUCAAAAAACGGCGACAGCCAUACGGUGACAUGCAAAUCAACAAAGCAGGCCUACGUAGUAACAUGCGUCUUGCCUUAGCGUCAUUGACUAAAGAUUCAAGAGCGGUAUUUACUGCAUAUUCAAUGCUACAAGUGGCCCGUCUCCCGCUAGUUGCAUAACUUAAAAAAAGAAAAAAAAAAGAAACACAUAAGAUGCACUAAAUGUAGAAAAAUGUGGCCAGUCCCUUGAAUUCUCGAUCCCGGCAAAUCCUAUUUACCAUGUGAAGAGUUCGCAGUUCCACAGUUUCCAUAGUCUACAUAAUACAGUCAAAGGCUGAAUGAAACGACAUCUAAUGCUAAACGGCGCGCACUACGCUCGAGUGCAGAAAGUCACCCUGCAUUUGGUGCAUCAUUGCAUAACCGCGUUGAUGUCACAGUUUCACAAUGCCUGAUUUAUAUAGUAAAACACACCAAGCGUGCAACUCCUUUUGGCAAAUCAAAACCCCAAUAAUAUUACGACAAGACUCGUCAGAGGAUUGAGAAAAACUAUUUGUUAGUAAGAGUGAGCUAAAGAGGACGAUAGCUGAGACUGCACAGUGCUGUCGCUGAAUGGGUUUACGUAGACGUGACCGAAACAUCGAAAAAUCAAAGAAAAAAGAGUGAGCGUGUGCAUGGAAGAAAUACACGGGUCUUCACAACCGCGCAUGCCUAGCUGUGAGUAAGCGUGUCAAGUGACAUCAUCAAGGUAAUAAAAGCUUUAGUAAGACCAAGAAUAAAAGGGCAGUUAUACUCUUCUAUUCCAGCAGUUACAGCAUGGUUUCUAGACUCCGCGAUAAGGGCUUCCAGAUACGUUCAGCCUCCUUUAAGGCGCAUAUUUGACAAGGCAGCAGAGUCAUGUCCAUCAUGCACUUAAGGUCUUCCAUUCAAAGCUGGAAUACACCUUUACGUUCAGGCAGCGUGUAUAAGACCUGUGGUGUUGAACGAAGCGUGGAUCAAGCAAGAUUUCAUUUUUUGUGUGUGUGUCAGUAGAGUGGAACGUCGUACGAUGUAAUGUGUAAAGGAGCGAAAAGGUGUCGCACUAAGUAAGCCUGUGUUCUCUUUUCUACGUGAUGUCAACGGUAGUGCCUCAAAUAUGCUACAGAAAAUAGAACAAGUGACCGGAGUACUGCGAAGCCAGUAGAGUGCGCACUUCCUGCCUAAAAGACGAAUGAUAAUCCAAGUUCUGUGGCAAACCUUUCACUUGGAGUUUGUGACCCAUGCACUCGCAAAUAUUGCGCUAUCUACAGAGACAUGAAAUCAUUUUCACCCUUCCAUAAUCCUCCCUCCACCUUGACGGAUUUCGCAGAGCCGAUUUGCCAUCUUCGUGGCCUCCGCGACUGGCUCCGGCAGCACGCCGAUCGCGGAGGCCGCGCCAUCUCCUGGUCUGUAACAAAUGUGUCAAUGUCGAUGUGCUUGUUGAAGAAAUGUGACAGCUCUUAUGCAUUGUGAUGAUGUACUGUUUUUUUGCCUACAAGAUUGGACUUCCACAAGAUCCUUCAGCUUAGGCACACCUCAGACAUCCCUGAUUCAAGUGCGCGUGAAAUGUAGAAUUGCUUUGAUUAGGCGAUCUCUCGUCAGAUUUAAAUGUCACAUUUAAAGGGCCCCUCACCAGCUUUGGCCAUUGCA